AAGAAUGCCAGUAUAUAUCGGAUACCGUAGCGAUUCGAAUAAACAAUCGGACGUAAAUGCCAUGUAUUCUUGCAUUUCAAAGAGAACUUAUAAGCAGGUACAAUAAUUUCUUUGCGAGACGGAAUACGUGGUGGGGAUUAUACAUUGUAAAUUUCUCAAUCGGGAGUAGCAGUCUCUUCAAUUUCAAUACGAUUCCAUUAAACACGGACAGCGAGUACAAUUACGUUCCGUCACUUCGAACGAACAAAUGUUUCCCUUAAUUUCUUUUGAAUGAACAUUUCGUCGAUUCUAAAUCAAACGCUGCUAUAUCGGCGUUAAAUCGGCAUCGGGCCACUACUGAAAGCGUGUUGUCCGUUUCGUGAGUACAUACAGUAAUUGCGGUAGUUUAAAGGCCUGAGCUGGAGUUCGUAUUGGAGUAUCUUCAGAAAUAUGAAUGCAGAAAUUUACGAAAGUUUGCCUACAUCUUCUGUGGCUGUACAUAUGACAGCAGGUGCAUUUGCUGGAAUUAUGGAGCAUUGCGUGAUGUAUCCACUUGACAGUGUUAAGACUAGAAUGCAAGCAUUAACACCAGGCCCAGGAGGAGGCGGAGUAAGAGCAGUUUUAAGUAGUAUGAUUCGUCAAGAAGGCGUUUUGAGACCAGUUCGUGGUAUGAGUGCAAUGGUGGUAGGAGCUGGACCUGCGCAUGCAUUGUAUUUUUCAUGCUAUGAAUUUAUUAAAAAUAAAAUCUUAAGUUCAAGGGAGCAUUCUGAAUUGAAUUUAGUUGCUUAUGGAACAGCUGGUUGCGUGGCAACCCUUCUUCACGAUGGUGUAAUGAAUCCAGCAGAAGUGGUCAAACAGCGAUUACAAAUGUAUAAUUCUCCUUAUCAAAAUGUUGUAUCGUGUAUAAAGAAUAUAUACCAAACUGAAGGUAUACGUGCAUUCUAUAGAAGCUACACAACUCAAUUGGCUAUGAAUGUGCCUUUUCAAAUGGUUCACUUUAUUAUUUAUGAAACUACACAAAGCUUCACAAAUCCAGACCACACUUAUAAUCCUUUAGCACAUAUGGUAUCUGGUGCAAUAGCAGGAGCUGUUGCUGCUGCAUUCACAACACCUUUAGAUGUUUGUAAAACACUUCUAAAUACACAAAGUGGUGUACAUGCUCAGGGAAUGAUAGACGCUGUCAAAAAAGUGUACAACUACGGUGGUAUACGUGGUUAUUUCCGCGGUUUGAAUGCCCGUGUUCUUUAUCAAAUGCCGGCAACUACUAUUUGUUGGUCAACAUACGAAUUUUUCAAAUAUGUACUCCAUAAAAAGCAAGAUGACGGAUAUUGUGGACCAGAGGCCGACAAUGAUUUAAGUGGAACAGGUCAGAUGCAAGCUACUCCUUCCUGGUCUAGUCGUAUUCAAAACGUACGAGUAUAUCUUGACAAAAAUACUCCAGCCUCGGAGUUACUCGAUGUGACUACAAGUUAGGUAUUUUUGAAUUUUUUUUUAAUAGUACCAUUUAAAUUGCACCGAAGAACUGUUGGAUGAAGAUGCAUCCGGUUUUCGUAUUUGAAGAGUUUAUCGAUAAUAUUUCGUUAAUUCAUCUGUUACAAUGGUAUUAUUACACGUGUAUAAAUAACUCGUAACGAGUGGGUAUUACAAUUCAACGAUUGAAAAAUUCAUUUUUGAGUCAAGUGCAGGGCGCAGGCUCAUUGAAAGGAAAAUUUUAAUUACUUCUUCAUACAUGGCUGCUUGAAAGAAGAUGUGUCACUUAUGAUAUAAUUGCAUUUUAUAUAUAUAUAUAUUAAAAACAAUCAUAUAUAAUAAUUUACGAACAUUAUUAACAAAUUAGAACGUUACAAACUGACAGUAGUAUCAAAUGAUAAAACAGUGAGUUAUAUAAACAUUUUGAUAUUUUCUGAUAUUAUACGUAUUGUAAAUUUGUCUAAGUUAUUUUAUUUUAUUGAACAAAAUAAUUAUUGCUGUAUCAUUCUAAAAAGAAAAACAAAAGAAAAUUAAAAAUUAGCAAUAUUAUUUUAAGAUCUAUACAUUUAUUGAUACUAGUUAGGUGAUUGCUAUCAAGUGUGAAAUAAUGGAUAGAAAUAUUAUUGUCUAUCGUACUGUUCAUACGAGGUAACAUAAAAAAUCCACUACAAUAAUUUAAAAGAAUAUAUAUAAGAAUUUGAAACAUAUUAAAUUUGAGAGCCUGCUCUUGAAUAGUAAUUAUACAGUAUGUUCAAUGAUUGUACCAUAUAUGUAUUUAGAUUAAAAAGAGAACCGUGGGAUACAUGGAAAAAAUGAUUAAUGAUAAAAUGUGCAUAGUGUAAUUAAGUCGGCUUAAUUGAAAACUAAUGUUAUAUUUAAAAAUUCGUAAUUAAAGAAUCCCAUACGUUUUGGUAAAGGAAGAGCGAAUAAUUUUUACUAUUCAAUAGUUGUACUAAAUGUAAGACAGGUUCUAAGUUUAGACGAAAUAUAAGUUUAUCAGGAUCUAUCAGUCUUGAAAUGAAAUCUUAGAUAAGUGUUAUAUAUAUAUAUAUAUAAAAAAAGUAGAAUUUAGAAUAAUACGGAGACAAAAUUUUAUUACAUUAACUGUCUUAGACCAAUUACAAUCAUGUAAAUUAAUUGAUUUUUAGAACAACGGAGAUAAAUUAAUAUUUACAAGCGUAUGUAUAACAGUAUGAGGAGACAGGAUAGAAAGAAAGAAAAGAAAUGGCAAUGUUACUGUUCGAUAAGUACGGCUCGCCUUGAUUAUACAAGUACAAAUUAAGAAUUGCUCCUUAGUCAGUUUGUAAUAUAAACAACAUUGCAUCUAAACUUUAUGAUGUACCACAAUAUUGCUUCCUAUGGCUGUGAUUACUGAGUCAUUUGAUGUUGACUUUAAGAGGGAGUAAUAUCAUGUGAGAACUCAUACUUCACGCCAUAUUUAUUUAUUAUUAAUCAUUGUUACUGAUAUAUCAUUAUUUGGCGCUACAAAACAUGUCACUAAUUUUUAUGCACCUAAAAAUAUACACACUUUUUACAAAUAUUUUUUGGUAGACUUGUCACAAUGAUAAAUAUAUAUAUAUAUAUGUAUUAUUUUUAAAAAUACAUAAAAAUUUUUAGUAAAACUUUGACAAAAAAUAUAGCACAUUUGUACACAGAGGAAUAUACAUAUUAUAUGUAUAACAUUCAAGUGUACCAAAUAAACUGCAGUGUGUUCAAAUGAUUUUCUUAAUAAUCAUAUAUUUUACGAGUGAUGUAAUUUCUCAAAAUUCAUUUAAUGCGCAAAAUUUUAUUAUAUAUUCUUUCUUUUUUAAGUGUUUAAAUAAAUACUCACCUUGCAUAGGGUAAAAGAUAGUA